AUGUAUCCCCUACUUCCUUGGAGUCAAAACCAGUCGAGUGUGCGCUCCUCCUUAAGUGAGGCCACGACCAGCACCCAGACGGUUUCCUUCAGCUUCAGCUAUGGCAGCUCCUGCUCGCCUAGCUCGUUGCCGCCUCCACCGCCUCCGUCUCCCAGCGACUCUCUGCUCGACAUCACUCCCCGCAAGUGCUCAUUCUCCAGCAGCUAUGGAAUGAACAACUCGUGUGCUUUCCCCUCCUGGCCAAACCGACCAUCGCUACUCAGUGCCGAUUCCGAGGGUUCGACCGCCAGUGCCUACCUGUCAGAUGAGGAUCUCUUUCCCAGCGGUUCCGAUGUGCCUUCCGACAGCGCCAUCGAUGAGGAGUCCGCAGCACAGGAUCCCGCCAUGGACCUGACGACCGAGCAGCAGAUUCAGAUGCUCCGCGCUGCAGCCGAUGAGGAAGCCCAGCGCGCGCGUUUCCUGGCCCAAGUACAAGCACAUGCCAGAGCCCAGCAGGCGAUGCGUGUAGCCCAAAUGGCAGCCACCGAGCGCGAGAACGCCAAACGCAACAAGAAACGCAAGGCCCUUCCCGAGCGGAAAAGACGCACUACCUCUGGGACCAAGGCAACUAUUUGCCGGGUCUAG